AAUACCCUAAAAGUGAACCUAAAAUGGAAUGUAUUCUUUGAACGCGUUUGCCUUCAUUGACGAGAUUACACAGUCGUUUAUGACAACAUGUCAACCCGGGGAUUAGUGUAGUUUUUGUAUUGUCAUUCUUUAUUUCUUGUCUAAAAUUUGUUUUUUAACCUGUGUGAAAAUGAAGACGGUUUUUGCAGUGUUUUUGGUGUUUGUCGGCUGCUGUAGCAAUGUUGUGUUCCUGGAAGUUUUGGUGAGAGAUUUCCCAGGAUGCGGAAACAUUGUGACAUUUGCCCAGUUUGUUUUUAUUGCCUUGGAGGGGUUCAUCUUCGAGACACAUUUUGGACGCAAGAAACCAGCUAUACCAAUCAGAAACUACCUGAUAAUGGUAACCAUGUUCUUCACUGUAAGUGUUAUAAACAACUACGCCCUCAACUUCAAAAUCGCAAUGCCACUACACAUGAUCUUCAGAUCUGGCUCUUUAAUAGCAAACAUGAUACUGGGUAUCAUCAUAUUGAAAAAAAGGUAUUCAUCAAGUAAAUACCUCUCCAUAUUAUUGGUAUCAGUAGGCAUCUUUAUCUGUACCAUCAUGUCUGCCAAACAAGUGAGUGCUGAAAAGGCUGCUACAGAAAAGGAAGGAGUGUAUGCUUUCUUGUACUGGCUUAUAGGUAUUGCCAUGCUGACAUUUGCCCUAAUAAUGUCUGCUUUAAUGGGCAUUUUCCAAGAGACCUUGUACAAGCAGUAUGGCAAGCACUCGAAGGAGGCUCUCUUCUAUAAUCAUUGCCUGCCAUUGCCAGGGUUUCUGCUGCUCUCAACUGACAUCUAUAACCACGCUGUACUCUUCAGUCAAACCACUCCAGUGGAAAUCCCUGUGAUUCAUGAAACUGUACCAGUUAUGUGGUUGCAUUUAGCGAUGAAUGUCAUCACCCAAUACGUAUGCAUUCGGGGUGUGUUCAUCCUAACCACAGAGUGUACCUCCCUUACUGUUACACUAGUUGUGACGCUGCGUAAAUUCCUGAGCCUCAUCAUCUCUAUAAUAUACUUCCGGAACCCAUUCACAGAGUGGCACUGGGUUGGCACAGCGGUGGUGUUCCUGGGCACACUGCUCUACACUGAGGUGUGGUCCAGCAUCCGCAUAGCACUAAAAGGAGAGAAACCAGGCAAGAAGGCAGAAUAAACAUGAUGAACACAAGAUCAUACCUCUGUGUGUGUGUGUGUGUGUGUGUGUGUGUGUGUGUGUGUGUGUGUGUGUGUGUGUGUGUGUAGACAUGAACACAUGCCUAUGGACAUUUUUGCAUAGCAGACUCCACUGCCAUGCAAGUUGUUUCUACUUCUCAGAGGCUGUAUUUUAGGGUUAAAAACAAAAGGUAAAUGUCGUUCCCAGAUAUACUCCAUUAUCAAUAUUCUUAUAGGAAAUAUACAGUAAUAAGUCUGUAGUAUAGUAGUACACUUUCAGCAUUCUUGACAUGAGCCUAAGGAUGGCAUAAUGAAUUGCAUUCAUUGUGCAUAGGAAAAUAGCUGACCAUGUAUUUUGGACAGUUUGAAGAUUAAAACUUUAGAACAUUUAGAAAUGUGUAAUAUAGAUUUUAGUUGGCGGAUAUGUACUGUAUACCUUUUUGUUACUAUGUCUCAGGAUUUUAUUGUUUCCUCGGUUAAAGCAUUGCCUCACAGCCCUUUCUCUGUUACAGUAAUAAAAUUAGGCUGUGUUUACGAAUCCA